AUGAAAAAAAUGCCGGUUGAAUUAAAUAGUCUGACUGAAGGUUGGCUAGAGCUAGAAAGCGAUCCUGGAUUGUUUACGCUUCUACUAGAGGAUUUUGGAGUAAAAGGAGUUCAAGUGGAAGAGAUAUAUGAUUUACAUAAACCACUAGAAAGCCCCGUUUAUGGCUUCAUUUUCUUAUUUCGCUGGAUAGAGGAACGGAGAUCGCGUCGUAAAUUUGUUGAACAAACUGAAAGCUUUGUACGAGAUGAAGAAACUAUUAAUAAUAUAUUCUUUGCACAGCAAAUGGUUCCAAACAGUUGCGCUACACACGCAUUACUAUCUAUACUAUUGAACUUUCCAAACCUUCACUUAGGUGAAACACUAAGUAGAUUAAAGCAUCAUACAUUGGGUAUGAAUCCUGAAAACAAAGGCUGGGCUAUAGGAAAUACUCCUGAACUAGCUUGUGCUCACAAUUCACAUGCUAUUCCACAAGCUCGUAAAAAGACUGAUAAAAAUGCUGGUGUCUCAACUGGUCGCUUCACAGGAGAAGCGUACCAUUUUGUAAGUUUUGUACCAAUAAAUGGACACUUAUUUGAAUUGGAUGGCCUAAAGCCGUACCCUACAGAUCAUGGACCUUGGGCGUCAGAUGAGGAUUGGACGGAUAAAUUUAGACGUGUCAUGGCAGAGAGACUGGGACGUGAUGCUGGUGAACAAGUGCAUGAUAUUAGAUUCAAUCUUAUGGCAGUUGUUCCUGAUAGAAGGAUUGCACUGACACAAAAGUUGAAUGCCUUAGAGAUCAAUCAAAAGAGAGUAAAGGAGGCAAUAUCAAAAAUAGGGAAACAUUCACGACAUCUCCUUAACAAAAACAGGGACUUAACUGGUAAAUUGUACUUAGUAACAAGUAGAACUUUAAAUGAAAAUUCAAUUCAAAUAUCUGAAGAUGCAAUUCUCAAUGCUCUUGAUGCUUCAGAAGUAUCAUCCCUUGAUUUAGACUUUAGUAAAUCUAUCACAAUUGAAAUUGGUUCAACUGAAAGAGCACAGUUUGACAAUUGUCUCAGUUUAGCCGAUCCUAUUGAACCUACUACAGUAAUUAAAUUUGUAACUAUAAAUGGAGAGAAUCAGAUUCUUUCUGAUAUUUAUCCUACUUCCACUACAGCUCUAGUCAAAAGUAGCAAUAUGCCGAUUGUUUUGUGUUCUGAAAUUGUGCCGGAACAGCCAUAUAGAAUGAGAAAAUUAUUAUUUACACAUUCAGAAUUAAAUUCCCUCAUGAGUAGUAUUAUAGCCGAGGUGGAAUCAUGUCAGCAGGCCCUGAAUGAUGAAAAUGACAAAAGGGAUAUGUACAAGGUGGACGACUGCCGUCGCACGCACAACUACGACGAGUUCAUCUGCACGUUCCUGUCGAUGCUGGCGGAGCGCGGCGUGCUGGCGGAGCUGGUGGCGGCGCAGCUGGAGCGCGGCCGCAACGCGCGCGCGCGGCGUCGGCGCCCGCGCCCGCGGCCCCGCGCACGCCCUCGCCCACGCCCGCGCGCUCGCAAGUAG